AUGGAAACCUAUAUCGAAAAAAAGCACGUCGAGGAAAAUUACAUAUUAAACAAGAAACAAAAUGAAACAAAAAAAAAUUUUGAGAAUUGGGAAAAAAAUCAGCAAAAUAACUUUUCAAGAGGAACAACACAAUUGAUAAGUAUCGAUAAUCCUAAUUCGAUAAAUAAUAAAAAUUGUGAUGAUGAAAAUAAUAAUAUUUUGAAAAAAAAUAAUAAAAUAAUAAAAGGUGAAAGAAUAGACAAAAACAAUAAUGAGAAUAGUAAUUUAAUUAUAAAGAAUUUAGAAAAACAAACAGAUCAAAUAAGUAUAAAUAUAUUAAACAUUUUAAAAGCAUCAAAUAUUCCAAAUUGUGAUAUAUUAAAAAGAACAAAUAAAAGAUUUGCUAAAGCAUUUUUAUAUUUAACUGAAGGGUAUAAUAUGAAUGUAAAAAAUAUAAUAAAAAAAUCUAUAUAUAAAAGAAAAUAUAAAAAUAACACAUUAAUUAAAAUAAAAGAUAUACAUGUUUAUUCCUUAUGUAAACAUCAUCUAUUGCCAUUUGAAGGGUUGUGUGAUAUUGAAUAUAAUCCAGAUAAAUAUAUAAUGGGGUUGUCAAAAUUUUCAAGAGUUACUGAUAUAUAUGCACGACGCUUACAAUUACAAGAAGAUCUAACUAACGAUAUUUGCAAUGCUUUAAAAAAAUAUUUAAAACCCUUAUAUAUAAAAGUUACAAUUAAAGCUAAACAUUUAUGCAUUAAUAUGAGAGGAGUAAAGGAACAUGAUGCUAUGACCGUUACACAUGCAUCAUAUGUAUCAAAACAAAAUGUUAGUUGUUUUAAAGAAAAUAUUAAUUCUUCGAAAAAUGAAAUAUCAAAAUCGGAUACCCAUAAUAAAUCUUUAUCAUAA